AUGCUUUCCCCGGGCGAGCGCGGCACGGGUCCUCCUCGGAGACAGACCUUCCGAAACCCACAGGGCAGGGCGACCCCAGGAGGGGCGCAGACAGUGGGGUCAGUCAGUCAGUCAGUCAGCACCGGCGACGGCUGCAGGAAGCGGAGCCUGGCCAGGCCCGGAGAACCGCGCGCGCCCGUGACCCUUUCCCUCCCAGGUUGUCCAGGGCAAGCGCCCCACAGGCCCAUUACCGGGAACCCCGGGCUCCCGCGCCGGCUCGGGGCCGCCCAGCUCCGAUCCCCCGCCGCGCUCGCGCCCACCCACUUCCGGGUCCGGCCCCCCACCUCAUCCACCUCCGCGGCGCUCCUUCCCCCCUCGCCGAGUCCCGCCGCCGCCGCCAGCCAGGCACGUCAGCCGCGCGCAGCCGCCCAGCCGCCGCGAGAGGCCCGGGAGCCCGGGCGUCCGCCAGAGCGCAUGCGUGCGCCUCCGGUCCCGCGCAUGCUCCCCUGCUCAACCCACUGUGGCAAACACCCAAGUGCGGGCUGGAAUUCACUGUGUGGCUUUCCGACCUACGUACACCUAAAGUAUUCAUUUUGUAAUAAAAACAAUAGCAGGUGUCUCUCAAAUUCUUGCCAAAACAAUUCUGUGUGCAAGGGUUUUCCACUAGACAACAACUGUUGCUCAGACAUAGCCAAUAAUUUGGAUGAAGACUGUGAAGACCUGAAAGACCCUUGCUUCUCCAGUCCUUGCCAAGGAAUUGCCACUUGUGUGAACACCCCAGGGGAAGGGGGCUUCCUGUGCCAAUGUCCUCCUGGGUACAGUGGGCUGACCUGUGAAACUGCCACCAAUUCCUGUGGAGGGAACUCCUGCCAACAUGGCGGCAUCUGCCAUAAAGACCCUGAGCAUCCUGUCUGCAUCUGCCCUGCUGGAUAUGCUGGAAGCUUCUGUGAGACAGAUUACAACGAGUGUGCUUCUAGCCCUUGCCACAAUGGGGCUGUGUGCCAGGAUGGAAUCAAUGGCUACUCCUGCUUCUGUGUGCCUGGAUACCAAGGCAGGCACUGUGACUUGGAAGUGGAUGAAUGUGUUUCUGAUCCCUGCAUGAAUGAGGCUAUCUGUCUCAAUGAGAUAGGAAGAUACACGUGUGUCUGUCCUCAAGAGUACUCUGGCGUGAACUGCGAGUUGGAAAUUGAUGAAUGUGGUUCCCAGCCGUGUCUACAUGGUGCCACGUGUCGGGACGCUCUUGGCGCUUACUUCUGCGACUGUGCACCUGGAUUCCUUGGCGACCACUGUGAACUCAACUUCGGUGAAUGUGCCAGUCAGCCAUGUCUUCAUGGAGGUCUCUGCGUGGAUGGAGGAAACAGCUACCACUGUGACUGCACAGGUAGUGGAUCCACAGGGACACACUGUGAGACUUUGAUGCCUCUUUGUUGGUCAAAACCUUGUCACAAUGAUGCGACAUGUGAAGACACUAUUGACAGCUACAUUUGUCACUGCUGGCCUGGAUACACGGGUGCCCUGUGUGAGACAGACAUAAAUGAAUGCAGUAGCAACCCCUGCCAAUCUGGGGGCGAAUGCGCCGAGCUCUCCUCAGAGGAUCUAUACGGACACAUUGCUGGCCUGCCUUCCUCCUUCAGCUACCUUGGAGCCUCAGGCUAUGUUUGUGUCUGUCAGCCCGGAUUCACAGGAAUCCACUGUGAAGAAGACAUUGAUGAAUGUUUACCAAACCCUUGCCAAAAUGGUGGUACUUGUGAGAACCUGCCUGGGAACUAUACCUGUCACUGCCCCUUUGAUGACAUUUCUAAGACAUUUUAUGGAGGAAAAGACUGCUCUGAAAUUCUCCUGGGCUGCACUGGUCACCAGUGUCUGAACAAUGGGAAAUGCAUCCCUCACCUCCAAAAUGGCCACCAUGGAUUCACCUGCCAGUGUCCUUCUGGCUAUGUGGGGCCACUGUGUGAAACCGUCACUACAUUUUCUUUUGAGAACAAUGCCUUCCUGUGGGUCACAGGUGACUCACAUACAACCAAACUAUCAGAAUGUAACAUAUCCUUGAGGUUUCAGACUGCUCAGCCAAACUCACUUCUCCUUUUCCGAGACAGUAGGGAUAUGUCUACAAAGUUGGAGUUGCUCAAUGGUUGUGUUCACUUAACAAUGGAAGUCUGGAACCAGUCAAAAGUGCUCCUGUAUAUUUCCCACAACACUAGCGAUGGACAGUGGCAUCUGGUGGAAGUGACAUUUGCAGAAACUAUAACCCUUGCCUUGACUGGCAGCUCCUGCAAGGGGAAAUGCACCACUAAGUCUUCUUUUCCAGUUGAGAACCAUCAGUCAGUAUGUGCUUUUCAGAACUCUUUUUUGGGUGGCUUACCAACAGGAACCAGCAGCAGUGUGUCUGGGCUUAACAUCUCUAAUGUGCCAUCCACACCUUCCUUUGUAGGCUGUCUCCAAGAUAUUAAAUUUGAUUUGAAUCAUAUAACUCUGGAGAACAUUUCGUCUGGCUUAUCACUAAAUGUCAAAGCAGGCUGCAUGAGACAUCACUGGUGUGAAAGUCAACCUUGUCAAAACAGAGGACGCUGCAUCAACUUGUGGCAGGGUUAUCAGUGUGAAUGUGACAGGCCCUAUUCAGGCUCUAACUGCCUGAAAGAGUAUGUAGCAGGCAGAUUUGGCCAGGAUGACUCCCCCGGAUAUGCCGUCUUUAAUCUCAAUGAUAAUUAUGGACAGCACUUCAGUCUCUCCAUGUUUGUCCGAACACGUCGACCACUGGGACUGCUUCUGGCAUUGGAAAACAGCACUUACCAGUAUGUCCGUGUGUGGCUACAGCAUGGCAGCCUAGCACUGCAGACUCCUGGCUCCCCGAAGUUGCUAGUAAAUUUUUUUGUUAGUGAUGGAAAUGCCCACUUAAUAUCUUUGAAAAUCAAACCAUAUGAAAUAGAACUGUAUCAGUCUUCACAAAACCUAGGAUUCAUUUCUGUUCCUGCAUGGACAAUUCAAAGAGGAGAUGUCAUCUUCAUUGGUGGCCUACCUGACAAACAGAAGACUGAAGUUUAUGGUGGCUUCUUCAAAGGCUGUAUUCAAGAUGUAAGAUUAAACAACCAAACUCUGGAAUUCUUCCCCAAUUCAACAAACAAAGCAUACCAUGAUCCCGUUCUUGUCAAUGUGACUCAAGGCUGUUCUGGAGACAACAUCUGUAAGUCCAACCCCUGUCAUAAUGGAGGUGUCUGCUAUUCCCUGUGGGAUGACUUCUCCUGUUCCUGCCCUGCAAACACGGCAGGGAAAGCCUGCGAAGAAGUUCAGUGGUGUCAGCUCAGCCCAUGUCCUCCCAGUGCACAGUGCCAGCUGGUCCCUCAAGGAUUUGAAUGUAUUGCAAAUGCUGUUUUCAGUGAAUUAAGAAGAGAAAUCUUGUUCAGAAGCAAUGGGAAUAUCACCAGAGAACUCACCAAUAUCACAUUUGGUUUCCGAACACAUGACACAAAUGUGAUGAUACUACACGCAGAAAAAGAACCUGAGUUUCUUAAUAUUAGCAUCCAAGACUCCAGAUUACUCUUUCAAUUGCAAAGCGGCAACAGCUUUUAUACACUGCAUCUGAUGAGUUUGCAAUUGGUGAAUGAUGGCACGUGGCACCACGUGACUUUUUCCAUGAUAGACCCGCUGGCCCAGACCUCCCGUUGGCAAAUGGAAGUGGACAAGGAGACACCUUCUGUGAUCAGUACAAUUGCUACUGGCAGCCUGAACUUUUUGAAGGACAACGCAGACAUCUAUGUGGGUGACCAAGCUAUUGACAAUACAAAAAGCCUGCAGGGCUGUCUGAGCACAAUAGAAAUUGGAGGCAUAUAUCUCUCUUACUUUGAAAAUCUUCAUGGUUUCACUAGCAAGCCUCAGGAAGAGCAGUUUCUCAAAGUUUCUACAAAUGCCGUGCUUACUGGCUGCUUGCCAUUAAAUGCCUGCCACUCCAGCCCCUGUUUGCAUGGAGGAAACUGUGAAGAAAGCUAUAGCUCUUAUCAGUGUGCCUGUCUCUUGGGGUGGUCAGGGACACACUGUGAAAUCAACAUUGAUGAGUGCUUUUCUAGCCCCUGUAUCCAUGGCAACUGCUCUGAUGGCGUUGGAGCCUACCACUGCAGGUGUGAGCCUGGAUACGCUGGUGUGAACUGUGAAGUGGAUGUAGACCACUGCAAGAGUCAUCAGUGUGCCAACGGGGCCACCUGCGUCAGUGGAACUCACGGCUAUUCUUGCCUCUGUUUUGGAAAUUUUACAGGGAGGUUUUGCAGACACAGCAGAUUGCCCUCGACAGUCUGUGGGAAUGAGAAGGCAAACCUCACUUGCUACAACGGAGGCAACUGCACGGCGUUCCGGGAGGGCUGGGAAUGUGUGUGCCGGCCAGGUUUCACCGGAAAGUGGUGCGAAGAGGACAUCAACGAGUGUGCCUCUGAUCCCUGCCUCCACGGAGGCCUGUGCAGGGACCUGGUCAACAGAUUCCAGUGCAUCUGUGACGUGGCCUUCGCAGGCGAGCGCUGUGAGCUGGAUCUGGCUGACGACAAGCUCGUGGGUAUUUUCACCGCCGUUGGCUCGGGGACUUUGGCCCUGUUACUUGUCUUCUUGCUUGCUGUGGUUGCUUCUCUCAUCGCCUCCAACAAGAGGGCAACUCAAGGAACGUACAGCCCCAGCGGGCAGGAGAAGGCUGGCCCUCGAGUGGAAAUGCGGAGCAGGAUGCCGGCCCCAGCACUGGAAAGGCUCAUCUAGCUGAGCCUACUGAGAGAGAAAGCCUCUCAGAAAGGAGAUGCACAAGAAGAGCACCCUGGUCCUGCCUGGGAAGGAUUUCCGUAGCCGCCUUCUAGACCUUCGCCAGGCUUGGCCCUGCAUCACGGUUUGGUUAUGUUUGUCAUUCAUAGAAGGGUCUCUGUGUCAUGCCUGUAAGCCUCAGAACUAGCAAAACAUCUUCCAGACAGAGAACAUUGUAUUUUAGAAAAAUUCCGGAAGCUGCCCCUUAAACUCUUUUACUAGGUAAUCCAGAGAAAGUGCUUAGUAGCCAAGUGCCAUUAAUUAUAUAGAAACAAGAAGAAAAAAAAAAAAUAGAACAACUUUCACGUUCUUUUUAUUUUGUAGAGAAUGUUAUUUGUUUGUUUCUGGGUUGGUUUUUGGCUUGUUCUCUUUGUUAUUGUUGUUGUUGUGUCUGUUUUUGACAGUGACUCACUAUGUAGAUCAAGCUAGCCUCAAAAAUCACUUGGACCCGCUCCCCUCAGCCUCCUCAUCUCUGGGAAUACAUGUGUCUGACCACAUUCAGCUUAUUAUUGACUCUUCUAUCAUAUGAUAAAAUAUUGUAAUGGGGCCUGAGGAGAUGACUCACUGCGUAAAGCAUGUGCUGGGCAAGGGCAAGAACUGGAGUUUGGGUCCCUGUCACCCACGUAAGUGUCAGGUGAGUGUGACAUCUGCCUGUCAUCCUAGGCCUCAGAAGGUAGAGAUAGCAGCGGUCACUGGAGCAAGUUUGGCUAAACUCUUAGGGCAUGUGAGUUCUGGCUUCAAAUGGGAAAGCCUGACUCAAUGUAAAAGGUAAGCAGUGAAUGAAGAAGACACUAGAUGUCAACUUCUUGCCUAUACAUGCGUGUGCACACAUUUACAUGUGUGCCCAAACACGUCAACACACA